AUUCGGUUCUUUGCUUAGGUCUUGUUUAUUCAUUCCUUACCAAAAUUCUAACAACUACCACCCCCAUCAUCACUGCAACACAGCCCAUCAUCACCUUCCCAGCAAUAUGCCCAAGGGUAGACAUCUCGCUUUGCAGACAGUGGAGCUUCAAGUCAGGAUGUGCUGCACAGGUUGUGAAAGGGUUGUCAGAAAAUCCAUUCUCAAGCUGAGAGGUUUCGUGAUAUACUAUUCAGGCAUUGAUUCAAUAGAAGUGGACUUAGAGAUGGAGAAGGUGACGGUAAUGGGUUACGUGGACCCACACAAAGUACUAAAAGCAGUGAGGAGAAGUGGCAAAAGGGCUGAGUUCUGGGCAGAUAAGCCGUUGUAUUUUACCACCACCAACAAUUACUUCAAAGACAUGACAAAUGACUACAAAGAGAGCUAUAACUACUGGAGACAUGGUUAUAAUGUUGGUGAAAGACAUGGAAGUCUUAAUGCAACAACCAGAGGUGAUGAUGAAGUCAGUAAUUUCUUCAAUGAUGAUAAUGUUAACGCAUGUUGUCUCAUGUAAGCGGAACCUUGAUCUUAUAUCAAAAUGAUGUUGUUGUGCAUGCAAUUAGCAAGUUCUGUUGUUUAUCUGGUCAGAUUAUUAUUAGUGAUUUGAUUAGGAAACAGGUCCGGGCCAGGUUAUAUCUAGGUCACGGUUAAUGCAUCUGUUUUCUUUGAUAAGUGUGCACCACACAUGUACUAAUCAUG